UAUGUAAUUACUAUAAUAUUACAAAAAUUUUGUUACAACUUUUACUAUAGUAUUUUUUCCGUGUACACAAUUUACGUGCGAUUAAUACACAAAAAUAACUUUCCCUUUUCCUCUGUACUUCAGAGAAUUACCAAAUCAUAUCGGGAAUUAUUUUUAACUACCUACAAAAUUGACACUCGCGAUCUCUCUCUUCUCUGUCCCAUGUAUAUUUUUUAUUCAGACGGAAACCUUUUGAUUUCACUCAUACGCCACACAGUUGAAUUCUCGAUUGAGCAAAUUAAUCUGUAUCGAUACAUUUGGCUCUGUUAUCAGACUAUGCAGAAUUUAAAUAUUUACACGAAACGAAUGACACGCGCGCCAUACGUUCGCGCGGAGUUACAUCUCGACAUUGUUCGCGCAUGAAUGACGAAUUUAAUUAUUGCGCGUCCCGUCCAAAUGCCCGCGGCGAUAGAGAUCGUUAAGAGAGCAGGGAUCCACUGCGAGUAUAUGCGAGCGAAUCCGCGUUACCGUACGUGGACGCGCAGCGAGCAUAACGCGAUACUGUUACGCGGCCAGUCCCGCGGCCAUAACUCGCGCAUACAUUACGUACCGGGUGUGCCAGAACAGCGGUGCCCGAGCUUUUUCAAAGUCGUCGACCGUGUCAUAUCAUGCGUGUCGAUUCUGUCAUGUAGCGAACGUCGUAGAAAUUCACCGUAACCCAAGCAGAAUCCGCACAGAAAGGAGGCCGUACUUUUAUUCGAUUUAUUUUAUUUAUCGUCAGGUUUAUUAUAUUCUCUCGUCGGUGGAUCGAUAAAAAUGCUUUUGACUGAAUUAGUAAAAUAAUUCGUUGAUUUUUUAAAUUUAGCUUAAUUUAAUUUAGCUUAAUUUAAAUUUAGCUUAAUUUUUGCUUCGCCUUAUCCGCAAAAAAAGAGGCUUUCAUUCAAUUUACUUUAUUUAUUAUUGUAACAGAGCUAAUUGCUCUUAGUUAUCCCAAUCGAGUUUUAGUUCAACUGAAUGUUCAGACGAAUGUUUUCGGUCACAAUAACAGAAAUAUUGUUUCUCUUGAGCGAGUUUUUCGUCUAGUCUCUAUUCAGUUGUACGAACUGAGACCUUUUUCCAUGCAUUAAUUGAUCCUUGUCAUAAUUUUACUGAUCGCCAUAUUCAUAACUGCAUGGCGCCACGUUCACAACUGCAUCAUCUUCUAAUAGUACAGCACAUCUCAGUGAAAGAUGCACUGACUGUACCUCACAGAGAUACAUGUCCUCUAAUAUUUACAACGCACAGAAUUGGUAAUGUCAGUCAAACAUGUGCGCUGCUUACGUCACUUUUCGGUCAAAAGAUCAGGACUCCUCGCGAAACUCGGAGACGCGUAUAAUUAAGUUGGAAUCGCGGAGAUUCGCGCUUGUCGGCGAAAGCCGCGGCCCCUCGAGGAAACCGCAAUACCUCGAGGCUGCGCGCAUGCACGAUCCUCCGCGGAGCAUGAGCGAACCGCGGCCGGCUGCGAUGCAUAAUCGGAGAUUGCAUUCCGCGCAAGGGCGAACGUGGGCGCUCCCGGAAGAGCUGAACUGCAGUAAACCGCAGGAGAUCGCGAAGUCACGGAAUUCGAGACGACAUUGAGAACGCGGAUCGCACAGCGGGAGACACGAAAGUCUGCCAACGGGUUUUCCACCUUGCUGGAAAUUUCUACCGAAGAAACGGGGUUUUUAGUUUGAUGGUGCGAAAGUGCACUCCACGAUAAUGCGCGCUGCGCAUCUAUUUUUUUCCGCGAACCACCGCGGUGGCGAUAGUUUACUUUCUAUUCCGGUGUUUUAUUCAAAUUUCUUCUUGGCACUGCGACUUUCUAUCUUAUCUGCUGCAUUAUGCUAAGCUAAAUUUUAUAUAACAGCUGGAAUUGCUGGGGGAUUGUUAAUGCGAGCUAAAUAAUUUAUCUUAAUGAAAGCGGGUGAUGGUUAAAGCGCGCGAUUAAAAAUUUAUGAGCGUGCUCACCCGUUAUGACGCGAGUGAAGAACGGUCGCAACUACUCCAAUUAAUUCACAUGAAAACAGAAGUUUGGUUAGUUUCAGCAAAUUUCUCGCGAAAUAUGAAGGAACAAGAAAUUUCGGCUGAAGUUACCAGAAUUCUGUUCAAGUUAGAAUUUCUAAUUAACCUGAGCAGAAUUCUGAUAACAUCAAGCGGAAUGGUUCGUUCAUAUCUCACCAGAAGUUGAUUAAUCCAACUAAACUUUUUUUUCGCAUACACUACAUUCCAUUUCAUAUAUAUUAUUUAUAUUUUAAGAAUUAAUGUGCUAUUAAAACAUUUGCUAUAUUUUUAGCAAAAUUUAGUACGUUUCUUAGCAAGAGAAAUUAACAUCAUUAACAGUGUAUUUUUUUACUAUUAGGGAAACAUAGAAAAUUGAAAUGAAUUUAUAUGAAAAAAAGCUAUAAUACUUUAGAUUGAUAAUAUUUUCUCUGUGCACAGCUCUCUUCGCAGAAUUAUUACUCACCGUUGUUACUCGAUGAAAGUUUGACGGAGAAAGUCAAUUUUCGUGUAUGGAACAAGAAGUUCGAUAAGAUUCAGCAAAUUUCCGGUAAAAUAUCUUAACGAGCGAGAAAUUCCAGUUGAAGAUAUCAGAACUUCUUUUAGACUUCAUUUACUUCUGUUUGAGUAAGAGGACUUCUAGUUAACUUGAGCAAAAUUCCGAUAACGUCAAGCGGGAUUUUCCGGUUCUUUUUCAUAUCUCUAGAAGUCGGUUCAAUCCAACCGAAUCUUUUUCCUUCCCGUGCAUGGAAGGAAAAAACGAUCUCUCUGCGAUCUUGUUUCGCGCGGCGUCGAAAGGUCAAAUCAAUCGCAUCGCGAAUAUCCAUGAUGUGGUGAAACGUCCGAAAACACGGGAUCCGGUUUUCAGUAGCGUGUGAUUUACGCGACUGCCCGUGCGUUAAAUCGUCAGUGCGCGCUCGCGAGGGGGAAUUUUUAAUUCCGGGUUCGCCACUUUCCUCUCUCCUCUUCGGCGAAGUCCCGCGUGGUCGCGCAUAGUUGCGCACUCAGCAUUACCGCGGUCACCUUUUCGAAUCUCCACCGUCUGAAUCACCAGUGAUCGUUCGCGUGCGAGACAUUUUUGUCGACGGAUGUCACGCGCCGCGCUUCUUCUUCUUCUUCUGCGCGGAUGACCUCGGCGAUUAUGAUGUAUCCGACACUGCGGGGCACCCAUUCGCGAUGACGAUGCUCGCGCGUAUGACUUCCCGAGUCACGACUGAAUUGUACCUGAGAAGUUCACGUUCGAGGCUCUCUCUUGCGACAUCUCAACUCGCGCGCGCUUUCGAUAUGUGCCACGAUCGUCUAUCAGAUUCUCCUUAUCGUCUCCUUAUUCAGCACACAUAUACACAUAUAGAAAAAUAUAUUCUGCACUUAAUAUUACAAGUAAAUAUUACUUGUUUCAAUUAUUUUAUAUAAAAUGUAUUAAUACCGAUUUCAAAUUAGAUCCUGUUGAGACCAAGAUGAUUACCACUGAAGGACAAAAUUGAAAUUAUGUUAACAUUGUCUUUUAAUUAUUUUUUUUUUAAUUUUUUAAAUUAAAUUCUGAACUGACUGAGUCUAAACUCUGUUGUAACGAUGUGUUUAUUUAAACAGAAUUUAUAAACAUAAAUCUAAGUUUAAUCUACUAUUGAGAAAUCAGCUCUAAAGAUUGACUUAUCAAUAUAACAGCUUAAACUUAGACUUAACUUUAAACUCUGUCCUAACAAUGUGAUGAAGUUGGACAGAGUUGAAUCUCGAAUCUACAUUUAAACUAUCAAAAUCGACUCUAAGAAUAUUUUGUAUGCCCGCAAAUUUACUAUAAGUUUGUCAUAAGAACAUCGAAUUUAUUCAAAACAUAUUCUGAAUCUUAAUAAGUUUGGUCAAUCAAGAAUAUAAAAUUGAAACAAGAAUUUGGUUUGACAUAAAGUCGAAUCAACACUUUUUUUUCCGGUGAGAUUUGAUAAUAUUCCUAUAAAAAAAUUAAUUCUUCUUUCGAGUAUAUACACGCAAAAAGAUGUAAUCUUAUUUUUAGCGGGUCCUCAUACAUACAUGAUGUGUAUAGAUGAACCUUUCAGUCACAAUAAUCGAUGAACCACGUCCGAAUCGCGUCGCCUCGAGGACACACUGUCGCCGGGAUCGAUGAUGCGACGCAAUCGACGCGUGUGUCGAACGUUACGCACGUAAGCAACCGCUUCGUUGGCCAUCCGCGGAAUAAAUUAUCCUCGACACGACCCUGAUCGCGCGCGAAAAUAACGCGACUGAUCGAUUCGUGUCGCGUCAUGUCACGACGCACGAGCGGCAAUUACUUAACGCGCUACUAUAACAUGGAGUAGAUGAUGGCGAUGAUGGUGAUGAUGGUAGUGAUGGUAGUGAUGAUGACAGCCACGGCCUUCCCCUGCGGGACGGUCGUUCGGUCGCGAGUCGCCUCGGAAAAGAGAGAAAAACACGCCGACGACAUUGCAAGGUUGGCGGAUGUUGCAAUCGCGGUGAUGCAAGCCACCGGGGACUGCCGUCUCCUCCGCGACGACGCGGAAUCGCCGCCCGCGCUGCUCAAUGCGAAACUACCUCCUCGUUACUCGUCGUGCCGCUCCUCCGGCGGUGUUCAUUCGCGUCGUUGAUCAUGUAUGAAUGACAACUCUCAGUGAUCCGUGCGGCGAGCGCGAGACUCUACCUGCCGAAAUCUUAACGGGAUCGGUUCGCUUUUCGGAGGGCAGUGACAAGGAGGGGGGGAAGAGAAGAGAGGGAAGAAGAGCCGUAGGGUUAUCGCAGGGUGUGACAGGGUGUGGUCGGUGGAAGAUUCUUCGAAAUGACGCGCCAGUGAUCGAUUAUCGCCAUGAGCAGAGAGGAGAGACCAUCCAGAAUGGUUCUUACCGUGACCGAGGACACCCCGGCAGACAUGCUGGCCGGAAGUAUGGAGCUUCUGGUACAGUUACCUCUCGAACACCAUGUUCACACGCAGAGAGUCACAGUGUUACGAAGCACGCCGAUGAUGGAUCUCCUCGUGCAGAUCGCGACGGCACACAAAUUGACGGCAUCGAGUUAUACCCUGCAGGCGAUCGGCGAACGCGGCUUGGUUCUACCUCAUCAUCCAAACACCCCUAUAGGAGCUUUGGACGCACUUCAGGUUAAAUUGCUUCCCAAGCAGGGCACGUGUGUGUCGCGAAAAACGAAACAGACUAAUCAACCUUUCGAAACGACGUUUAGAUUGCAGGUGCAUCUGCCGAGAAAUCAGCUGUACGUGUCGAGGGUCAGUCCGAAGAUGAACCUGGGAGAAAUUCUGGACGAAGUGUGCCGCGAGAAGAAUCUGGACAGAAACAAGUACGAGCUUCGUCAUCCAGCCAAUCUGGAGGCGACACUGGACCUGUCGCUGUCGCUGCAGGACUACCAUCUGCAGGAGGUGACUCUGUACGCGAAGCAGGCCCGGACCCUGGGCCCGACACUCAGCACGCAGGACAUAAUGGCGCUGCAGCGGCAAGAGGAGCGGCGCCGGCAGCAGACGAAGCAGAGCGUGUUCGGCUUCAUGUUCAAGAAAUCCAAGGAGAAUUCGCUGAGCACAGACAGCCUCGGCGGUCGCAGCGUGUCGCCGGCCAGGAGCGACGAGACCGGAAGGAGUGCCAGUCCUCUUCAGCCGCCGGCUCGGCCGCAGCGAAAGCGCCGACCAGCCCCGAAGCCGCCCACCGAUGCGGUUGCGAUCGACCAGGACUCGUCCGAGCAAGACAGCGGCAAGGACAAGAUGGUGAUCAAUCACAGCCGCAACAGUAGCGACAGUUCGGGUUACCACGAGGCUUCCGUUCUCAGCGACAAUCCGGACUCGGCCGCACGACUGCCGGAGACCCUACCGCGGAGGAGCAAGGCGCCGGGAGUGUCUGACGCUCCCAGAAAAUUGGCGCAGACCUCGCAGUCCAGCAAGAGUCUGGGCAACCUCGCGGCCGCGACGACGGCGGUAGCCGCGACUGGUGGUGGCACGCUCACUCGGGGAAUCAGCAGCACCUCGCUCAGCUCCACCGGUCUCCGAAAGAAGAGAGCCGCUCCUCCCCCACCGGCGCCGAGACCACUCUCGUCAGCUAUUUCCACUCAGGCCUUGGAGCGUAUCGUCGAUUCGGAGGAAUCGCUCACGUCCGACAUGGAUCCGUCGAAGCCGCCGUCGGACAUCGGCGCGCCGUCCAAAGCCAGCUCUGACAUCGGCUGUCCAAAGGCCAACUCCGACAUCGGUGUCAGCACGCAGUCGAUGCGCCAAUUGGAUUACAAAGCGAAGGCGGGAGCCACCGCCACCGUCACUUGCGAAUCCGGCGAGUCCAACGUAGCGCAGCAGAACGUCGAGGCGCGUUCCGUUAAAUCCGACCCGGUCGACCGUAAGCUCCGCGUCAAAGUGGACCCAGAAGUGGCGGUUGUGCCCGUAGAAGCAGCCCCGAGGCUAGAGCAAGCUAGAGUAGCGGCCAAGAAAGUUGGAGAACCUGCACCCCUUCCCAUGCCUCGAAAGAUUAACGCGGCUAAUAGCGCUCCGGUACCUCCGAAAGCACCUAAACGUAAAGUAGCCCAACCGCCUUUGGCACUGCCCAGAACUUUGAGUACGGGACGCGAUAGCACGAGCGGUUUAUCGCGCGAAGAAUGCGUCGAUGAAGCGCACAGCUUCGCUUCGAGUGUCGAGGACACGACGACGUCGUUGGACGAAGGUGCUCUUUCUGCGUGUACCGAAAGAGGAGAAGAGGCGCACUCCAAGUCGAGAGACAAGUGUGCGCCUCCCGACGAAGAUGAGUCGAGCCAGCAACAGAGAAAGUUGUCGGGAACUAUCAGCGACGUCAUAGCUGAAGAUGACGCAUCCUUAAGACCAAAUCAGUGUCAUCACGAGAUGGAGAGCAACGUCGAAUCAGAUUGUAAGUCUACGGGACCGAUACACAUUGAAGCGGAAGAGACUCGCUCCAAAAUCCAAGAGCACUCUCCGGAGGAGGGUGAAAGGAGACAAGAUGAGAGAGUGUCAAAUGUUGCUGAUGACGUUAAAGAUCUCGAAUCAUUCAGUCCGAAUCGAUUUUCAAAUCGAGACGAAGAAAUGUCAAACAUUGCUGAUGACAGUGAGGGUCUCGAAUGGCCCAAUCAGAAGCAACCUUCGAGUCACGACGAAGACACGAGGUGUGAAUUGAAUUCCGUCUCUGCGGGCCAGAGCGUGCCGCAUUCGAGGAGCAUGUUGUCGCUCGAAGUCACGUCUGAGAGGCAAGAGGACGGCUUAUCGGGGCGAGAUCGCGAGGUGCAACGCGAGAACGUGGAUUCGCACGGAGAAAGCAAGAAUCAAUGCGCUCGCGCGUCAUCGGAGGAUGAUUGUUUGAACGAGAGUGUGACCAAACCGGAUCGCGUGGCUGAGCCGAACAGAGUCGAACGAGCGAAACCACUGCGUCAUUAUCGAGCCGUUUGCCCGGAAAGGCCGCCCAGGUCGCCGAAGAAAACGGUUCCUGGCCGCGACGCCAAAGAGAAUGUUGAGGCGACGAAGCAGACUCAUUCGGGAGACGUGACGGUGAAGAGCAGCGCCUUAGGAAAAGACAGGGAAACCUGCACGGUGAUCUCCACCAUACCCAAGUGCGAGCGUCUCGACGACAUAAAGGAGCACGGUGUUUUACCGAGCUUCGCCGCGUCGGAUCGUCGUCAGCAACUCGGUGAGCGUUCGCAGGUGAAGUGCGCGACGGAAAUCGGCGAGGAGUGUCAGAAGCCGAACGGCAAGGCUGGAGAAUCGCACGAUAACGCGAGGAAUGCCAAGCGAGCGAGGGUAGUCAGAAGCCAGUCCAAGUCGGACGACUUCCAGAUGGAUAUCCUCAAGAGACAGAGGAGAUACCUCACCUCGCCUCCAGAGAACAUCGUGUAUGCGUUGAACUUGAAUCUACCGGAAGCGCGAACCUCGAUGUCCUCGCACGCCGUGGAAAAGGAACGGGAACAGCCCGGUGCGGGACGAUGCACUGAUGGUACAAGGGAGGUGGAUGUAGAUAAAGGAGAAUCGUGCGGUGGAUUAGUCACAGUUGCCAAGGACGGCACACCGUCGGAGACUGAUAUCCUGCUGCAGAAGGUGUCAGACACCUUGUCCAACGCGCUACCAGCGACCUCUCCGUCUCCGGAACCUUCGCAGCUCGAGUACACCAACAGCGCGUCCGUGCAAACGACGAGCGACAUUCCCAACGUGGGCACCAAUUCGAAGCCUUCCAACUCAAAGGACCAGCUGAACGAGAUGUCCAGCUCGUCGUGCGUGGACUUCCCGGCGGACACGUUGAGCUCGAGCACGCCAAAUAUGACCACGAACUCGCAACAGGACACUUCCGACUACGUGUCGGCGAUGGGCGAGGACCUGUCCAUCAGCGACUGGGAGUACCAGCUGCCGGCGCCGCCGAGCGCCUUCCGCGACUCGCAUUCGCCCGUGUUCGACAACUACGACACGGUCACACUCGGCUCCGUAGAAGCGUUCAAAGAGCCGCAGGUGAUCCACUCGGCCGUGGAGCCAACCGACGCAACGGACAGUUGCAGUAGGAACGAUGAAUUGAAGAAUAAAGGGAAGUCGAAGAGUCUGUUGAACGAUGCCGACGUGAGCUGCGUUGCGAGGAAAGCUAGCGAGAAAACAGAUCCGGCGUCUGAAAUGGAGAUCGACGAUAAGGAGCGAGCGACGAGCAAACAGAGCGUCGCCAAGCAAGCGUCCGUGAGUGUUCCUCACAAGUCGGAAACUAAUGCGGAUCCGCGGAAGGAGAUGAUCUCCGAGUUGGAGAACAAGAUCGAGAACGGCACUUUGGCGCAGUCUGUCGGUAAAGACUUCGACCGAAGGUUUAUGAACAAUAUGUCUGCGCCGAAGAUCGCGCCCGUGGACAAUACCUUGUCCAACUUCACCAUCACCACAUACACCAAGCAGAAAAGCCUGGACAUCUUCGAUGAAUUCGAAGAGUCCGUUGAUUACGCGAGGAGCUCGGACGAGAGGUUCAUCAAAACAUUCGCCACGCUGUCGAGGAGCAACGCUGGCUUAAGCGGUUAUGAGAACAAGAACGGCGCGAGGAAUACUGGGCGUUUGAUGAACAGUGUGUCGUCGCACGACAACAAGAUUAUGUCAGCGGGCAAAAGCGCCGAAGAGCCGAACGCGAGCAACAACACCGACUGCAAAACGGAGCCAAAGAUUCGCAAUCAAGACGAGCCGUCUAUUAACAGGUGGCAAAAUCUCAACGCCAUCAUUAAUGAGAAAGCCAACAAUGUCCAACGGUCUAAGAGCUACAUAUCGAUGACGAACAGCGCCAAGUACCAGGCGGAAACGCAAACAAUGAGCGAGAGGAAGCAUGAGCCGUACGCUGAAGUGGCGGAGAUGAAAAAGGCCACGAGCGUCAGCAGCUUGAACGUCGACGCGCCGAGGACCAACGAGAAGUUCUCGCAGUGGAGGGACAACAUAUUGAAACACCAAGAGGAAUCUACCAAAGAGAAGCAAUUACAAUCAUUACAGGUGCUGAAAAGCAUUUUGCCGCAGUUGAAGAAUGCUCAACAGGCGGAAGAAAAUGUGUCCAAAGAAUAUAACAGUGCCUUAUCAAUCGAAAAAACGAAAUACGAGGCUGGGUCUAACGAACAUUCGAACAAAACGAAUGUAGUUUCGACACGCGAAUCUCGAGAUACGGAAACGGCGGAGUGCAGGCAGUCGAGAGAAGAGAGCACGAAGCGUUACACUUACGCCGGUCCACCUGCGAUCAGUCUGGGCAGCUGGUCGGAAAGACCCAGCGUCAACGUCCAAAUCAAAAUGGACACAGAUUACAAGCUAGGAAGGAGCAACGCGAAUGGCAAUAAAACCGUGGUCAGCAUCAACGGCGCAAAAGACGAGAGAGAUACUUCUAACUAUACAAACAAUAACAAUAGCGGCAAGUACAACGUCGUUAAGCACGAGAUCAAGAUCGACUCUAAAAGUCGCGACGAGUUCUCGCAGAAGUCGCUAAUCGCACACACGACGGCGUCCGGUUUCAAAAAGCCGUUGUCAAACCGAGUCAAUGUGUCCGCUGAUUCGUUGAGAACGGACGAGGACAGACCUGUCGUGACGGGCGUCGAACUGAAAAAGAGCUUCAUCGAGGUGAAGGAGACGCCGAAAAACGGCGAGAGUGAGAUCGACACCACGCCGGUGAAUUUCAGAGAAUUGACAAAGACGUUCGGUCAGCAUGUGAAUUUUAAACCGAAACCUAAACGCGCUAAUGUCAACAGACAUUCCGCGGACUGUCACGGCGCACAGUUUGAGGAGAUAGAUAUGGGCGUCAAGCAGAAUGGCCACGCCAAAUUCGCAAGGGCAAGCAACGAGAACGAGAACCUCCCGCACAAAGGUCAGUCCUUGAUGAACGGCACGCAGCAGAACUCUCGACUGAGGAAGUUCACGUCUGUCGUAGGCGUGAACGGCACGGGCCAAAGCUUCGGCCAGCAAAACGACUCGGUGAUGCUCAGGAGCAACGUCAACAACAACGUCAAGAUCAAUCCGCCGAUGCCGGUCGUGAAGGGAUUCAAGAUAUCCGUCAACGAUACCAAGAGCAACGGCCAAGUGAAUCAAAACGGACUGUCAACGAUCGACGGCUCCAGGAAAGACGUGCAACCUCCUAAGCCGCCCACCAUGCCCGUGAUAACGGGGGUGACGUUGAAGAGUGCCAGCGCGAGGCCCAAAUCGAUGCCUGUCCAGCUAGAUCCUAGGAAUAUGCUGUUGGAGUCCAUCCGGAACUUUGGACGCGAAAAAUUGAAGAGUACUGCGGAGAGAUUCUAGUUUGCGCACAAGAUUCUUUACGAUUGUAUUUAUGGAGCAAACUGGAUAGAGUGAAGAAUCCAUUUGGGGCGAAAGUGCUUCAAAAUUUACGAGUUUCUUUUCUUAUUUCUUUCGUCAGAUACAAAUUUACAUCGUUUGUCCACAGUUUAUUGGGUGUUAGUUCCGUUUGGAAGAUUUUUUUUUUCCACAAAAAUUACAUGCAAAUAAUAUUAAAAAGUUGCCUUUAACCCUAGAAUACUACUAAGGACUUUCUUUAGAAAUGGAACAUGAGGCACUCGGCUCGUGUGUAUUUCUUUUAUAUUUGUACAUUUUUGUCUUUUCGUAUACAUAUAUUGCUAGUAGCGCUAAGGGACAUUAAAUAACGAAGUUUUGUCAUUUGAUUUUGCUAUCUAGUAGUAUUUUAGGGCUAAUGUGAAAGAAUAUGUUAAAUGAUACAUAAAAAGUGAAAGAUAUUUUUUGAGAGGCAUUUAUAUGUUCUCACGUGUAAUAUAUAUUCGCCAGAGUAGAGAAAAGCACUUGCGAUUUUUAUGUCAUCAUUCAACGUGGAGCAAAAACACGAUCACCAAGUUACGUCCAUGCGAUAUUAGUGAAGAGAUACUGCGAAAUCUCUCGAAUUUCAUCUUAUCGUGUAUAUUUUGUCGGGACAUAUUACUGUCGAUAGAAACACCGGAAUAAAAAACCGACAAUAUAAUAUGGCUCUGCGUUGGUCAUGUAAAUACGAUGUACAGAAAAAUAAUGAGGCAAUCGAGAUUGUCGCAAAGCGAUGAGAAAUGUACAUAUUAUUUGAGACAUGUGCUUGAUCGUAGAAAGAGAAGGAGGAAAUACCUUUAUAUUUUAUUCAUCUGAAUAGUCAUGAAUUCGACAUUGCUCAUUAAUUAACGCGAAGAAGUAGGAAGGAUAGAGAAAGUUAGAUUAGUUCCCUUUAGUUCGGUAGGACCGUUCGACUCUAGCUUUGGUGCGGUGUAUACUAAUAAAAGAAAGAAAAAAGAAACGAUGAGAAAAACAACAAGCAAAUAUAAUACCAAAGUUAGUCGUGGACGGAUCGAAUAUCGAAACACUACUAAUAAGCGAUUUAAUGCUGAGACUAACAUACGCAAUUAACUCGCAGUUAAUUUGUAAGUUUCUAUGAACGGGACCAAAGGUGACAUCUUAUUUUAUGUAUCGUACAACGAAUUUAGGAUAGAACGUCAUUAUACCAUGCUGAACGCCGAGGAUAGUCCUUUUACUAAAUCUGGUCAUUUGAGUUGCAUCGGAACGCGCGAUUGAAUCACUUGAUGAUGUAUGUGUGUGUAGAUUUAUCUACGAUCACCCGGGAGGAGGGUGUUAUUUAAUUUAACGUUGAGCGACUUUUAUUUUCCUCCUUGGACAUCAUAUUGGACGCAUGAUGAACGUUGUAUCGCGCCGAUUAUACGUGUUCGAAUACAAAUUGUUGUUUUUUCUUUUGUUGGCAUUAUAUCUAGGUACAGAGACCAUUUACGUUUUAAUUCAUUACGGUAUAACGAAACGUGGCUUUCUUGUCGUUAGGCCGCUUAAUACGAGAUCAUAAGAUGCGUACUAUUUCUUUUCUCGAAGAUAGCAUUCGUGAUGCAUCACAAUCUCGGAACAGACGAUCAGUGUCAUUUUAUCGAUUUAGAGAGAGAAAAAAUAUGUAAUAUAUUAAAAAAACUCAAUACAUUACGUUCAUUGUAGAAUAAGAUUGAUGAUCAGAUUAUUAAUCAAACGUCUCCUUUUUUCUACUUUUUUAUCUUUUAGUCGCAUCUUCUACAAUUGAUCAAAAUCUAUAUAUAUUUUCUUUUAAUUGAUUUUCCAAAGCGCAAAUAUAUAUUCUUCCUUUCCUCAAUGUAAAAAGUUAUGUUAUUUUUGAGUUACGACAUAUGGCUGAUCGUUCUAGCUUCCGGAUAUGAAGACAUAUACUUUGUUCGACAAAGUACGUAGUAAACGUGUGAGAGAUCAAAACUAUCAACGAUGAGAUAACCGUUGUUGUCGCAAAGAGUGAUAAGUGGCUGGUUUAUUCGCUAACACACUUUGCGACUUCGCGGCAUUUCGAGAAAUAGUUGUAGCGGAUGGUAAGUUGGUGGAUAAAACAUGUAAAUAUCAUAUAAUGUCAAUAUAUAUAUUAUAUACAUUGUAUUUAAUAUUUUUCCCUUAUGUACAUAUAUAUAUACACACACACAUAUAUGUGUAUGUGUAUAUAUAUGCAUAUGUGUAUAUAUAUAUAUAUAUAUAUAUAUAUAUAUAUAUAUAUAUAUAUAUAUAUAUAUAUUAGUGGAACGUUUAUUUAUAUGUUAUAAUUUAUAAUCGCAUUAAAGUCAUAACAAUGAAUUUGCGUUAUUCGCUAAAUCUUGUCAAUAGCAUUAGUCAACCUCGCUUUCACGCGCAUUUCGAGUGAAACCUGCCUCUCAAUAUCAGGUAGAAAAAUAUAAUUCGAAUGCCGUAUAAUAUAUGUUCGUAUGUGGUUUAUACUGAAUGUGAGUUAGCACUAUUGUAUAAUGUACACACGUAGUUUCGUAAACUACGUGUAAUUUCAUACUUCCCAGGUUUCAUAGCACCCAUAUAUUGCAGCGUUAGAUUUAAAGAUAUUUUCAAUCCGACUUUCUGAUAGUACUUUUGAACCAUAAUUGUAUCGAUUCGAGUAUCGAUUGUCUCAAAAAUCGAAUGUUUUAUUUUUUUGCACGAAUGUACGUCUUCUCAUAUAUAAGGCAACACUUGAAUAUAACAAUUGCGAUAUCGUAACAUAUCCAAGAUAUAGUAUUACAAGAACACAUUACCUAAAAUAUUCCAAUACGCAAGAUAAUGAACUACUUCUAUAGAAAUAAUUCGUAAUAUAAAACUAUUAGGUACAUCAUUAAAAUGUAGAAAUACAUUGCCUCUGGGGAGGAAACAUGAA